AUGGAAAAAAGUAAAUCGGGCUUAUCUGCCCCAUCGAAGGCAAUCGAUCCUACGUUGGACGCGUUGUUCUCCCAGAGUGCGGGAUCAGUGAAGACUCCUCCGAAGUCACGUUAUCCCGAUCUCCUACCCCAACGUCCUCGAACGGCUGCUCAGGGUGAGGAUAACGAGAACGAUGAAGACGAAGACGAUCAAUCCGAGAGCUCAGAGGCCGAUCCUAACGCCGAUUUUGCGGCCGAGGGCCUGGGGGACGACGAGGAAAUGUCGUCGGGAGACGAUGAGAUCCUGAGUGACGUGGAAAUGGACAACGUUUCAGACCUCGACGAUGAUUCGGCCACGGCAACCCAGCCCGCCGUAUUAGAGGCAUCAAGAGAGGACGGGAAAAAACGGAAACGGCGACACCGCGAUGAUGACGAGAAUCUUGAGGCAAAUUAUCUCGAACGCUUAGUCAAUGAGGAAGAACCCUCAGGGAAACGACGGAAAGGGGAUGGUGUAGGUAACACAUCAACUCAGCAACCCCCCAAGGACAAAGAGAUGGACGAUUCCGAUUCAGAAGGCGAUAUCCCCGUCCACGAAUCGGUAGCUGCGGGGCCGGCCGUGUCGGAGCUUGAAAAGGCGAACCGUACGGUUUUCCUUAGCAACGUCUCGGCAGAAGCUAUCACAUCACGCAGUGCGAAAAAGACGCUUCUCAAUCAUCUCUCUUCCGUACUGGACAAGAAGGCCGACCCGCCCCAGAAAGUGGAAUCGAUACGAUUUCGCUCAACCGCCUUCGAAACCGCAGGCAUCCCUAAACGUGCUGCAUACAUCAAGAAGCAGGUGCUGGAGGCCACUACCAAGUCCACCAAUGCCUAUGCGGUGUACAGCACUACAGCAGCGGCGCGGCUAGCAGUUGCACAACUCAAUGGCACUACGGUGCUCGACCGACAUCUUCGCGUCGAUAGCGUCGCUCAUCCUUCGCCGGUUGAUCACCGCCGCUGCGUUUUUGUCGGCAACUUAGGAUUCGUCGGUGAUGAGUCCGUGUACAAUACCAAACUGGACGAGAACGGCAAAGAAGUGACGGAGAAGCGUAAGCGCACCAAGACGCCCAUGGACAUCGACGAAGGUCUCUGGCGCGCUUUCAACAAAGAAGCUGGGAAGGUGGAAAGCGUGCGUGUCGUGAGAGACGCAGCGACCCGGGUUGGGAAGGGUUUCGCCUACGUCCAGUUCUAUGACGCCAACUCCGUUGAAGCCGCGAUCCUACUCAACGGCAAGAAGUUCCCACCCAUGCUCCCCCGCGAGCUGCGCGUCAGCCGGUGCAAGGCGCCACACAAAACGGCCCGGGCAAUGGAAGCCCGCACCCAACGCGCCGCGGGAUCUGACCGCAAGUCCGGCGCCAAAGGGGACGCUAGCAAGGGGAAAUACGUGCCCAAGCCUACCGCCGAAUCGCAGACACUGGCGGGCCGCGCGAGCAAACUGCUUGGCCGCUUUGGUGCGGCACACCUUACAGGUAAACCCGUUGGUGGGAACAAGAAGAGGCGAGAUCGGCGCGACAGGUUCCUAAACCGCAAUGACGCCGCUGGGGGGGACAAGAACGACUCUGGUAUCAAGGGGCCUGAGCAGUUCGUCUUUGAGGGCCGCCGAGCUAGCGCCAGAGAUGGUAAGCCAAAGGAUUUGAAGUUCAAAAAGGGGAAGCCGAAGCCGAAGCCGAGGGCACCCAAUAAGAAGGGGAAGAGUGGGAAGGUGAGCCACUGA